UUGCGCCACCUGCCGGCGCCGAGCCGCCACUGCAGCGCUUUUUUCUCUCUCCUUCCGACUCUCCAAUGCUCACAGCUCGGCCGGAGCCUGUCUUCUUCCAGGCUCCAUUUCCCGAGGAUUUCCAAGAGCCCUAGCCGCCCCCGGAUCGGGACAGGACCGCGCGAAAGGACAGGAUGUCCAGCGACAGGCAGCGGUCGGAUGACGAGAGUCCGAGCACCAGCAGCGGCAGCUCCGACGCGGACCAGAGGGACCCGCCGGUGGCCGAGGCCGAAGAGCACCCGGAGCGGAAGCAGCCGUCGAGCGGCCAGCAGCAGAAGAAGAGCAGCAAAGUGUCGAGCAAAACCACGGCCAAGCUGUCCACCAGCGCAAAACGAAUUCAGAAAGAGCUGGCUGAGAUCACCUUGGAUCCUCCACCAAACUGCAGUGCAGGCCCUAAGGGAGACAACAUAUACGAAUGGCGAUCUACUAUACUGGGGCCCCCUGGCUCAGUGUAUGAGGGGGGUGUCUUCUUUCUGGACAUCACCUUCUCUUCAGACUACCCCUUCAAACCACCAAAGGUCACGUUUCGCACCAGGAUCUACCACUGCAAUAUCAACAGCCAGGGGGUCAUCUGCCUGGACAUCCUGAAGGAUAACUGGAGCCCUGCCCUCACCAUCUCCAAGGUCCUGCUGUCCAUCUGCUCCCUCCUGACAGACUGCAAUCCUGCGGACCCCCUAGUGGGCAGCAUAGCCACGCAGUACCUGACCAACAGAGCUGAGCACGACAGGAUAGCCCGACAGUGGACGAAGAGAUAUGCCACAUAGACUCCAAGAGCCCCCCCAGCACCCCAACCCCCACCUGGCACCUUGUAAAGCACCAGGAGGCAGCUUUACAGCGUGCAAGAAAUCUUUAUAGCCUUUACAAUACGGACUGUGUAUAUGUUAUACUGAUUCUACUCUGUGCUUUUACCCCACCAAGAUCUGCAGGAGUGAAGAGCCCACAGGUAAAUGCUACCAGAGUAGGACUUUGUAGCUGUAGAUUUAGUUAUGUUUAAAUGCCUACUUGCAAGUCUUGCUUCUUUUUGGGAUAUAAGAAAUGUAUUUUGUGAUGUAAUAAGGAAACUGUUCCUAAAGUCAACCAAAUAUUAUGGUUAAUUUUAGCCUAAUCCAUUAUCUGUAUGAAGUUAAGAAAGGACAAAAAAGACUAGCUGUAGAUCAUUAGGAAUUAUGUCAUUUAUAUGAAACGCAAAUCCAUUUACAGUUAUGUGGUACAUGCUGUUGUGAACUCUGUUUUACCUUUGUCAGUUUGUAAUGAAGAGAUUUCAUUGAACCUUUUGUAGUUCAGCGAAGGUGAGCCGCCACUGUAACAUCCCCAAACACAAUAAACUUGUUCCCCAAGGUGCAAGGUG